AUGAAAGGCCCUUACAACUGGCUUAAUUUCAACCAUGAUCCCGAAGAUCUUUUCCUUGAGAACCAAAUCCUUAUGAACGACAUCAGCAAUCUCCUCAAAGCCCCUGCCCCUGCUCGAAACAUCGCCCUCGACAAACACUUGGUCAAGGACCUCACCCGUGUCGUGCACGGCUCCAAUCUCAUCGAAUCUGCUGGGUCAAACUUUGAUGUUACCUCGAAGUACUGCAGCAAGGUCUUCCAGGGGGAACCCAUCACCGAGGAGAUCACCAAAGUUGGUGUCCGCGAAGUUUUUCAGCAUGCCCGUGCUCUCUCCUUCAUCAUCGACGGGAUAGUUAUCCAUGAAAAGCCUCUCACCGAAUCUAUCAUCCUGGAGACUCACAAGAUCCUUACCUACAAGGUCGAUAGUGCUGGCGGUGACAAAUACACCGAGUAUGGCGGUAUAUACCGUACCGUACAUGUCGGCGCAGGUCUUACUCCAUUCGCAGCCCCUGAGAACGUCCCUGCUGAGAUGCGCGCCAUGAUUGCCGAAUACAAUCGCGACAUCAAUGCUGCAGAUCUGGCUGGUCAUCUGGACCCAUACAUGCUCGCCGCCAAAUACUGUCACAAGUUUGUCAACAUACAUCCUUUCGUAGACGGUAACGGCCGCACUUGUCGCCUCAUCCUCAACGCAAUCCUACUUGCGUACGCAGGCGUUGUCGUACCUCUAGGAGAGACAGAGUUUGACCGUGAGAUUUAUCUCUCAGUCGCAUGUCGUGCGUCAGAAGCCCAGCAGAACUGGGAUCCUGAAGAUACGGAGGAGAAUGAGUAUCAACCUGCGCCUUGGUCUGAGUUGCCAUAUCUGGUUCUGAUGGUAGCAAAUAGAAGUUUGAAGAAUACGAAGACCGCUCUCACAUAG